UGGCUUUUUACCCUGCCCUGCGACCGCAUUGCUGCAAAGUUUACUGUAGCUACAUUUGAAUGCUAGCGGCGGAGUUUCAAGUUUAUUUCACUGCCGCUGCGCCCGAGAAGUUCUUUGAUACACUUCACUUGGUCCUAAUGCCAACAUAAACAGCUGUGGGUGUACACCGGGGACUUUAAAGACUCAGCAAUGGAAACGCAGAGUUCAGCUUUUCAUCUGCUGUCGAUUUAUUAGUUGACGUUUUUUUCCUACUGCUGCUCGAUGGGAAGGAGGUUUUUGACUCGCUAACAUCAGCACGAGCGCUGCUCCCACGCCUCGUGGGGCACGUGCUCUUUGUUAUUUACAUGUUAAAGUGUAACCUUACAAACUCCCCCUGAAGUCAGUUUUUUUUUCUGGUUUCCAAAGGACGUGAGGCAUUGGCGUAGAAAGUCUAACUUACCCUUUUAUCAGCUUGUAGCGUGGAAACUUUCUCAAGGGUAACAACGGACAAAUUUGACGUUCUUUGUGGAGAAACGUGUCUGAAACCCACUUUGUCUCCAUAGCAACAUGCCUAUAAGGCGUUUUGGGGGUCACAGGUCUCUGGUCUCUCACUCUCAAACACCUAAACUGUCGUACGGUUACACCAGGAUGAAUAUUUCAAGAAGUGGGUACCGUGUGUUUUCUGCCAACUCCACCACCGCCUGCACCGAGCUCGCCAAGAAGAUAACGGAGCGCCUGGGUGUGGAGUUGGGAAAGUCAGUUGUUUACCAAGAGUCAAAUAAAGAGACGAGAGUGGAUGUGAAGGAGUCUGUCCGUGGGCAAGACAUCUUUAUCAUUCAGACUAUUCCGAGAGAUGUCAACACAGCCAUCAUGGAGCUGCUGGUCAUGGCUUACGCCCUGAAGACGUCCUGUGCCAAGAACAUCAUUGGGGUCAUUCCUUAUUUUCCUUACAGCAAGCAGUGCAAGAUGAGGAAGAGAGGAUCCAUAGUCUGCAAACUGCUUGCAUCCAUGUUAGCUAAAGCUGGGCUAACUCACAUCAUCACAAUGGACCUCCACCAAAAAGAAAUCCAGGGCUUCUUCAGCUUCCCUGUUGACAAUCUGAGAGCUUCCCCUUUCCUCAUCCAGUACAUUCAGGAGGAGAUACCAGACUACAGGAAUGCAAUAAUUGUUGCAAAGUCCCCUUCAGCUGCCAAGAGAGCUCAGUCCUACGCUGAGAGGCUACGACUCGGGCUGGCAGUGAUGCACGGGGAGGCCAACCAAUCAGAAUCAGACAUGGCUGAUGGGCGACAGUCUCCCCCUAUUUCCCGCACCACCACAGGACACACCGGCCUGGAGCUGCCAUGCGGCAGACAUCAUGUCCCAUUCCCUGGGAUAGAGCUCCCAAUGAUGAUGGCAAAGGAGAAGCCACCCAUCACUGUUGUUGGAGAUGUAGGAGGCAGAAUCGCCAUCAUUAUUGAUGACAUUAUAGAUGAUGUGGAGGAUUUCGUAGCAGCAGCAGAGAUCCUGAAAGAGAGGGGAGCCUACAAAAUUUACAUCAUGGCCACACAUGGUCUGCUGUCUGCUGAGGCUCCCAGACUUAUAGAGGAGUCUGCCAUCGAUGAGGUGGUGGUGACCAACACUGUUCCUCAUGAGGUGCAAAAGCUGCAGUGUCCAAAAAUCAAAACGGUGGACGUCAGUAUGAUCCUUGCCGAGGCCAUCAGACGCAUCCAUAAUGGAGAGUCCAUGGCCUAUCUGUUCCGCAACAUUGCUGUGGAUGACUGAGGCAACACACUAUUAAGUUCACAUUCCUGCUCACCCUCAUAAGCACACACUCUGAUGACCAAGAAUCUCCGGCCUGUGCUUUAUUCUGCGGCUCCUUCUUGUUUUGCUCUUAAACAUGUUACUAGAAAUUGGCUGCAUUAACUGAUUGUUACAAAAAACAGCUCAAACACUGCUUCCUUCUCUGUUACAUAAUGGGACUGAACAAUACAAACUUCUUAACUUUACUGUAUGCUUUCUUUAAUUUGAAAACAUGAAUUACACAGCAUAAGCAGCCUCUUGUUAAGCUGCAGAGUUUGGCAAAUAAAACAGUUCCUUUCA